CCGUUCUCUAUCUCUAGCUAACGCCCUCUCCUCAACGACUUUUGCAGCCAUGGUGCACAACUUGACUGUCUCCAUUCCUGGAUCUCCUGGCUCCCCCACCUCGCCACCGUCGCUGACGAUGUCGAGUCCUGCGUCGCCACAGCGCACCAACACACUCGUAAUAACGCGCUUGCCCCCUCAUUUCUUCGAGCCCCUCAUCCAGCAGGCCUUCAAGAGUCACUUUUCGACAUAUGGUCCUUUGCACACAUGGGCACCGAUCAAGGGUCUCGCGCGUGUUAUCAUGGUCUACUAUUCAGAAGACGACGCAGAGAUGGCCAAGGAGAGCAACGAUGGCCUGACCUUUGGCGAGACGCAACACGAGCCUGAUUUCAUCCUCCGCGUUUACCGCGCUGAUCCAACACCUAUCGAGUCGGACGAGACGCAGGAACACAACUACUACCUCCGUCCGCCCGCCAACGAGAAGAACUUUCUUAUCUCCCCUCCAGGCUCUCCUCCAGUAGGCUGGGAGCAGAUCCGCGAAGAUCCUCCAAAUGCCACGCCACUCGCUCAUGACCUCAUUACCGCGCUGCGCAAGCUCGAGGUGCAAGAGGCGAGCGCGCGCCGGGGCCCUGGGCCUGAGAUCCUAUUAGAGCCGCAGGAAGGCGUGGGGAUCAGCGUGUGCGUGGAGGAUUGCGACGCUCUUCCUCUUGAAGAGGAACAAGGGGAUGCGGAGGACUGGGCGUAUGGUGAUAUGGCGCCAUCCAGGAUGCGGUUCAGGCCACUUCCGACGUCGAUGCCCCCAGUCUCCAUCUCCGUAUGAACUGUCUGCUGCUCACUGCUCUUUUGGUGAGUGUCUCUUCAUUUUGGAAGGAGCUGUUUGUAAGCGUUGCAUACAUCAUUCCGCUCCCUGUGAUGACACAAUCUCAGACCUGUACCGAACUCGAAAGUGUAUUGAGGACACCUAACAUUGCCUUUUUAAUCUGACUCUCAUCAUGAUGCUCGUCCAUUGAAUCCGCCGCUGACGUAGAUGCCCAUAGAUUGCUCUGCCGCAUACGACACGUUGCCUCAUUUACCUAAUUUAUCGCAUCGCGUGAGUGAUUGUCUCCCCCUUUGGCCCUCACUGUCUCCGUCUAGCACGCUCGCACGAGAUGACACUCUUCAGACCUGUUCUGAUUCUUCAGACAUGGAGAAAACCCAAACUAUUGCCAAUUGUUCCUUCUGAUGCGCUGUACAACUGCCCUUCCUCAAAUCGUCAUUGCCAUGUGUCCUAGAUUUGUGCUGACGACGUCAUCUCUUCCCCUCAACAG